CCGCCAGGCCAUUUCCUGGAAGGCUGCAUUUAAACGCGGCGCUGCUGCAGCAGGGUGGUGUGUUGCUGUGCUCGCAUCGCCGCUCCCGGCCGGCUGGUAUGUGGAUCCAGCUUCUCGGCUUCUCCGCGGGGCUUUGAAAGGAGGCAGGCAUCGCCGGGGAGCCUGAGAAGUCCUCCUGUUCUCCCACUGUGUGGAGCUGAGGGCUCAUUUCUCUGCAGCUGGCUGGCCGGGGUGGUGCAGCAGCCAUCAGACCUUCUGCAGGCGGUGAAGAAGAAACCCGGGAGGGGAGAAGAGAAGAGAAAAGAAGACGGAAGGGAGAGGAGAGGAGAGUCUUUUCAUCGCCCACUGAUGCCACAUAGGGGACCUUGUCUUGCAGUCUCUUAGGACCCUGCUUCUCCCUUUUGCAGAAGAGAGCAUGCUCUUGGCCAGAGGGUAGCUAGUGAGGAAGCAGCACCUUGAGGGAAGCCAGCGAAUAAAGCUGUCCUGCUGGCUGGAGCAGAAGUCUAGGCAAGCGAGUGCCCUUCUGCUGAAGAUCGGACCUUUCUGGAGGGGGAAAAAAAAGAAGGUGCCUGAGCCUUGCUGGGAAAAGAGUGAGUGCUGAGAAGGCGAGUCCCCGGGCCCACGUUCCACGAUGUUCAGCUGGCUGGGUACUGAUGACAGGAGGAGGAAGGACCCUGAGGUGUUUCAGACAGUCAGCGAGGGGUUGAAGAAACUCUACAAAACCAAGCUGCUCCCGUUGGAAGAAUACUACAAAUUCCACGAGUUUCAUUCGCCAGCCCUGGAAGAUGCUGACUUCGAUAACAAGCCGAUGGUCCUGCUGGUGGGGCAGUAUUCCACUGGGAAGACCACCUUUAUCAGGUAUCUCCUGGAACAGGAUUUUCCAGGGAUGCGGAUUGGACCAGAGCCUACCACAGAUUCCUUCAUUGCCGUGAUGCAGGGAGAUGUGGAGGGGGUCAUUCCUGGAAACGCACUAGUGGUUGAUCCAAAAAAACCUUUCAGGAAACUGAAUGCUUUUGGCAAUGCAUUUUUGAACAGAUUUGUAUGUGCACAGCUGCCCAAUGCAGUACUAGAGAGCAUCAGUGUUAUCGAUACUCCAGGGAUCCUUUCGGGGGAGAAGCAAAGAAUUAGCAGAGGCUAUGACUUUGCAGCUGUCUUGGAGUGGUUUGCAGAGCGGGUCGACCGCAUCAUUCUCCUCUUUGACGCCCACAAGCUGGACAUUUCGGAUGAGUUCUCAGAGGUCAUCAAGGCCCUGAAGAACCAUGAGGACAAGAUGAGGGUGGUGCUCAACAAGGCUGACCAAAUUGAGACCCAGCAGUUGAUGCGGGUGUAUGGUGCCCUCAUGUGGUCCCUGGGGAAAAUUGUCAACACACCGGAGGUGAUCAGGGUCUAUAUUGGCUCCUUCUGGUCCCACCCGCUGCUCAUCCCUGACAACCGCAAGCUGUUUGAAGCAGAGGAGCAGGACCUGUUCAGGGAUAUUCAAAGCUUACCCCGCAAUGCAGCCCUGCGAAAGCUGAAUGAUCUCAUCAAGCGUGCACGGCUAGCCCAGGUCCAUGCCUACAUCAUUAGCUCCCUAAAGAAGGAAAUGCCCUCGGUGUUUGGUAAAGACAACAAAAAGAAGGAGCUUGUGAACAAUUUGGGGGAGAUUUAUGCCCGGAUUGAACGGGAGCACCAGAUCUCACCAGGAGAUUUCCCAAACCUGAGAAAGAUGCAGGACCAGCUGCAGGCUCAAGACUUCAGCAAGUUCCAGCCGCUGAAAAGCAAACUUCUAGAGACAGUGGAAGACAUGCUGGCAAAUGACAUUGCACAGCUCAUGGUGCUGGUACGCCAGGAAGAGUCCCAAAGACCUGUCCAGAUGGUGAAGGGAGGAGCCUUUGAAGGCACCUUGCAUGGUCCAUUUGGACAUGGCUAUGGGGAAGGAGCAGGAGAAGGAAUCGAUGAUGCAGAAUGGGUGGUAGCCAGGGACAAGCCCAUGUAUGAUGAGAUCUUUUACACUCUCUCACCUGUUGAUGGUAAAAUCACUGGGGCCAAUGCCAAGAAGGAGAUGGUGAGGUCCAAGCUGCCUAACACUGUGCUGGGCAAGAUAUGGAAACUGGCUGACAUCGACAAGGACGGGAUGCUGGAUGAUGAAGAGUUUGCCUUGGCCAAUCAUCUCAUAAAGGUCAAGUUGGAGGGUCAUGAGCUCCCGAAUGAGCUUCCCUCCCAUCUCCUCCCUCCUUCCAAGAGAAAACUAACAGAGUGAAGGAGAGGUUACCAGAGCAAGAGGGGAGGGGGAAAAAGGGAGGUCCAGAGACACAAAGUUUACUUAAAUUAUACUGCUAGAUGUGAAAUCACCUUUGGAUUUAUAAUGUUGUUCAUGUAUAAAGGAAAACCUAAAGUAAAACAAAAGCUCAACCCUUUCUCAUGAUGAUAUGCAAUUAACUCUUCCUGUGUCCAUAUCCUUGCUUCCUAAUGUGUAGUUUUAUACAGAUGAAGGAAAGGAAAGAGGUAGUGGAAGAAGCUGGUGAAUCUGGGUAGAGGGAAGAACUAAAUGGGUUGUCUUCCAAGACUGGGUUGGAUUAGGCACAAACAUUCAGAGGAUAAUCUCCAGCCGUUCCUGACCUUCAUCUGUUUCUUGUGGUGUUUGAAUUGGUCUCUGCCAUGUUCUAGGAUUUGCAAAAUUCCUGUUAGUAAAGGAGAAGCCACAUACAGGUCCCCAAGCUGUGGAUCAAAGAAAAUGGCACUUCAUAAUUAAGUGAGCCAAUGCCAAAUCUCCAGAUACAAGCACCCAUGACCAAUGCAGAUGUCUAAAACUUCAACCUGCUUCUAGAUCUGAGUUUUACAAGUAGUCCCUGUCUCUCUGAUGGGCUGAACCAAAAGAGCAGAUCAGAACUUACCCAAAUAUAUAGGUGCUUUAGGAAUCUUGAUCUGAAUGUGACAGCUAGAAUUCUCCAGUUACUGGUGGGAAAAGUCUUUAGAACUACUGAGCACCUCUCUCCCAUGGACUCCAGUGGGAGUCUUACUCUCAGGGCAUGACUAAGCAAAUACUAAUAUAGCCAAAAGGAAAACUUGAGAGGACAGGACAAAGGUAUUCCCUACAUUAGUUUGAAUCUUUUUAAGAGGCAGAUAUCAGAUUCUCCAGAAGGGAGGAAUUUCCUUGGCUUCACCACCCACACACAAUACAUGGGGAUGAGCUUAUUGGGCAUGGAUAACCUUUCUCCUGCCUGUAAAGUGACCAGUUUCCCUUUCAUUGCAGAAGUAUGUAUAGUGCAUACUACAUGCCUGUGUUCUUAUCUUAAAUGUAACCCCACACUCUCAGAUGAAUGGUCUGUUACUGAGAGAAUGUGUGCUUGUGAGCAAUAUCCCUUGCGCAUUUCCCAAAUGAUUAAUCUUUAUCCUAUCUAGAAUCUGUCUUGAGCCAAGAAAAAUGUUCAGUGUUUUACUUCAUUCUCUAUAGAAUUUCUGUUUUUCCUGGGUGUGUAGUUCAGCAAAAAUUCCUCAAUUUCAGAUUUGUUUCCUCCCCUAACCUCUUACCUUUUUUUCUUGUUUGGGUCUGGGUAUGGUUCCUAUUCUUGUUGUCACUUUAUAGAUAUGCUGAGCUCCUACUGUGAUGGAAAAAACCAAGAUAAGUAUAACUUAUUUUAGAUCUCUGUGUUCAUACUAUAUAGAAAACUAUAUUCCAUGUAUGUAGGAUGUGCUGAUGGCAGUUCAUUAAUCACUUGUCUUUUUAAAAAAAAAAAAAAAAAAGCAUUACCUUUUUUUUUGUUUGUUUUUUGUACCCUGGUCCUAAAACAUUAUUAAAGACAGAUCUAUUUCC